UGAACGCAACACUUUAGGAAGGAGAAACAGAUGUUAAAAAGGAGAGAAAACGGAGUGUUGUUGUUGUUGGAAGAAAAGAAAAGCGUGAAAACAGCCAUUUUACUGCAGUGUUUCAGGAUCUGUGACCUCUGACCUUUUCACGAUGUCCACCUCCAUCUCCAAAGUCGGGGACGUGGUGAUCAUCACUCAGGUCCUUCCUCGAGGUGAAUCGGCCUUCCCUCUGCAGCUUCCUGCUGCCAACAGCACCAACUCCACCAAUGCCACCCAACAGGCCACACCCCCUUCCAGUGCAACCACAUCCCCCAUCAAAAUGGAUGCAGUGACCGCCAGCUUCCUGCAGGGGCGCCCUCUCAGCCUCGGGGUGGUCCAGAUCUUCCUCGGCGUGCUCUGCGUCCUCUUCAGUUUGACCUCUGCCCUCUCACGGUUGCUGGUCUUCCACGCUCCAUUGUGCGUCGCCGUUAUUUUUGUGGCGUCGGGCUCUGUGGCAGUGGCGGCAGGAAGUCGUCAAUCAGUGAAACACGUGUGGGCGACUCUCAUAUCCAACGUGGUCAGCGUGGUGGUCAGUGCUGUGGGUGUGGUCUACGUCAGCUGGCUGCUGUGUGAUUCGCCGCUGUCUGUGAUCAUGUGUGAUGACAUCAUCAGUGACGAGGGGAAGUCCAAGUGUGUCGGCAAGCUGUGGUUACUGAACAGGGUGGGGCGUGGCCUCCUCUCUCUCACUCUGGUCUUGCUCGUGCUGCAGUUCUGCGUCGCCGCCAUCGUCAGUGUUUUUUCUGGGAAAAGUAUCAGACGUCAACAACAGUGGAGUGGCGGUGACCUUGGUGUGUCCAUGCAAGACGCUGGAGUGGAGGAAACCUGUGAACAGUCUCCAAACUCACCAUGAGGGGGCGCCAACACCAGUGGACGCCACAAUAACUUAUACUGCAGUAUUAAUGUACUCUGAAUACAUUAAUACUGCAGUAUUAAUGUACUCUGAAUACAUUAAUGUACGAUCACUACUGCACAGUACCGUGUGUCUGAUAAAAGGUCAUGACCUUGACCUGAUUAUGACCAUGACCUGAUUAUAUAAGUGUUUUAACAAGCACUUAUAUAAUCAGUUUAAAUAACAGAACGAUUUAUAUGAAAUAUUACUUAUUCUUUGAUUCUUUAAAGAUUCUUUUAUGAUUGAAUUGUAGCCUCCGACCACUAGUUGGCAGCAGUUGUCAGUGGUCACAGAAAACUGUUUCUGCAGUUUUAUUGAGAAUUUACUAUGUUACCUUUUGUAAAGUUUCACAAUUGUCAUCUUUG